AUGGCUAAAAGUCCUGUGGUAACAGGAAUUUCCCCGAAAGAAGGGCCACCAGGAACAAGGGUGACAAUCAGAGGGGAACAUUUGGGCAUCAACCCCAACGAUCUAUCGAGUUUAAAAAUAUGCGACUGCGAGUGUAUGCUUUCAGCUGAAUGGAAAUCGCCAAAUAAGAUCAUUGCACGAUCUGGCCCAGGAAAAGGACGUGGUGAUAUAAUUCUAGUCACUAAAUCUGGUGGUGUUGGUACAAGUACUGUUCAGUUUCGUGGUUAUCACGAGACUAUUGGCCCUCUAAAAGAAAGUGCGGUAUGGGUGGAAGAAGCUCCACUUAACUGGGGCCGGCAAAACAGUUCGGUCACCAUAUUUCAAUUAGACGAUCCUUUGGGUUUGUCUGUUGAAGGAGAUGAGAAAUUUCCUGAAAAUGAACUAACUGAAUUAUUUCCGGAUGGUUCUGGCGAUUUACUAUCUGAAAACUUUGAACCUGCAUGGUUUUUACUUGAACACCACCAUGGGACAUCUUUUGAUGAUUUGCGGGUAGGGUUGUCAUAUUUGAAGAGAAAGGUAGAUUCACAAAACGAAGGACAAUUGUCUUUUUUGAAAGAUAAUGUUGGAUCAGUUAUGGAACAAUUAGACACUCUUUUUACUCUAAAACAAAAUUAUGAAGCUGAUUUUGAAAGAAAUAAUGAAACUCUCUUUAGAGUUGAAGAAGCAAUUAACCAAUCUUUAAAGGAGGCAACCCAUUUAUUUCAUGGUGUUUUAACCAGAAGAGAAAAAGCUGAAGCUACUAGAAAUGCAUUGGCUGUUAUGACUAGAUAUAAAUUUUUAUUUCAAUUACCGAUCAACAUUGAUCGUAAUAUUAAAAAUGAAGACGUAGAUGUAAUUAUUAAUGAUUACGCAAGGGCUUUAAAUUUGUUUGGUAAAACUGAAGUUGCGGUUUUCAAGAAAAUAUUAGAGGAAGUUGAAACCAAAAUACUGAAUAUACGAAUUAACCUGAAGUCAAAGCUUCAUCAAAUGCCUACAACUCUUAAACAGCAAAAGAAAAUAAUUAGGAAUUUAGUUGCUCUAAAUGACAAUGGUGAUCCUGGCUGGGAAGCAAUUAUUCAUAUGAAACAAUUUCUAAUUGAUAAAAUAAAAGGUAGUUAUCAACAAUUUAUAACUGAAGAACAAGCAAAUGAAACACCUAAUAAGAACAAUAGACAUCCACAGAAUAAACAUAAAAGAAAUAUUAGUUUGUCUCAACAAAUCGAACCCCAAAACGUUGAGCCUAAAAAAGUAUUAUGCAUUGAUGAAAUAGCUACAGUUAUAUCGGAUUACUUUCCAGACUUGUGGAAACUUGGACAAAAUUACUUUGUUGGUGACCUAGCAGUAAAGCCAGAUUGCAGUCAUGAAAUGGAUUUCAAAGAAAUGAUAUUAGACAUAAUUGUGACUGUGUCUGAUAUAUAUAGAACAAUUAUGUUACCUACCACUACGACUAGUUCAUUUUCACCUGUACCUAUCAUAUGGUUGCCACAUUGCUUAAAACAAAUCCGAUCGGUAUUUACAGUAUUAAUGGCUUUGGAUCUUCCUAACGAAGCUUUAAAUAAGAUAUCCAGUGUUAUAUUUGAUUUAAGGUUACACUGCUUAAAUAUUUUAUUUAAACAAGCUUCAGAACAAAUUAUACAGUUGAAAACUACUGAGACGUGGAAACUGGAUUAUCAUUCAAAACAAGGAACUAUAUCACAAUUGCCAAUUGAUUUCUACAAAAUCAUAAUGGAAGCAAUGAAUUUAGCCAAAGAAUAUGUGAUCCGGGACGAACGUAGAGAAACUGCACUUGUUGAUAAUGAAACUGCAAAAAAUGAAUUACAACUACUGGUUCAUAAAUGUUUUUGGAACUUUUCACAGGUUUUAGAGCAAGUCGGUUUAAACGCAGAUACCAAUUGUUCGUCUACUACAGUUAUGUCCUUGAGUGGAUCUUCAGUUACAGGUUUUAAAUUACACAAUGAUCUGAUGUGGGAACAAAAACUUUUAAUAACAAUAAGUAACAGUCAGUAUACAAGAAACGUCAUGCUACUUAAAUUCAAAAAAGAAUUUGAAGACAACGGUUUUCCAACCAUUGAUGUUGUUGUAGCUCGAGCUGUUGAAUUACUUGAAAACACUGAAAGUAAAUUGCUCGAAACAUAUAUAGAAACCAAAAGCGAUCCUUUAGUUGGGACAAUAGAACCAUCAAUGUAUGUGGGCAGCUUUGAAUGGGACUCUCCCUCACUUUUAGAUCUAAGAGAGGUCAGACCUUAUGCCAAAGAAAUUAUUACCAAUUUGAUUGCAUUACAUUCUGAGGUUCAAACAAUCAUGCCGGAUUUAAUGUAUGCUGUAUUAUCAGAAAUUGUGGUCACUAUAUCAGAAGAAAUGUCACGUCUCAUGAAUUGUGUAACACAUUUUAGCGAAAAUGGAGCCAUGCAAGCUAGAUUGGAUUUGAUGGCAUUGACGUUCACAUUAUCUAAUUACUUUACACCGAAUUCAAAGGAUUUUUUUUGUGAUGCUACAAAUGCAGUUCCUCCAUUAAAAUCAGAGGAUAAUGAAAAGUAUGUUUUGAAAUGUUUUGAGCAGUUUAAGACCCGUAUGCAUUUACAGAUCAUGUGUUUUUUAACACCUUGCCCAAACGAUAUUGAAACUAGUAUUAUAUAA